AUGUUCCACCCGGCGUCAAACCCUAAAGCCGGCCAUUUCAUCGGGCCCCAAAUGUCGAUGUACCGCGUGGUGGUGCUGAUUUUUUGCUGCCAAUUUUGGGUUACAGCGCAGGAGGAGGGUUCAACAGAUGAAGAGGUUACGGUAUCAAAUACUACAGCAACGUCCACGACGAUUUUUUCGACAACAACCCGAGGAAUCCCGACACCACCUCCAUUAAGAUGCAUGACGGGACCCGGAAAUCAGUGCUACUUUGCCGGAACGAAUGAAGCUUGCGAUCCCUGCGAGCUAAAUCCUUGCUCCCCAGAGCAGUACUGUACCCCAAACCUUUCCGCCUGCCAACCAGAAUGCAGAUGCCGCAAAAGAACGCAACAUUUAGAAAACGGGACCUGUGUUAGUAUUUGCCAGCCAAAUCCAUGUAAUGGGCAUACGUGUCGGGAAUACGAAAACUCAAUCCUCGGCUACCGUUGCAGUUGCGACCAAAAUUGGGCAGGCGAAAAUUGUGAAAGAUGGAGGAAUUUCUGUCUUGACAAAGAGCUCAAAAAUUGCCCCGAAGGCCCAAGGGAUUGCAAGAUGACAGGUCCCGGGCAGUAUGACUGUAGCUGUACAGCUGGGUAUUUCCAUAAUGAGACUGAGAAUACGUGCGAAAAAAUCGGCCAACUCCUCGAGAUAACCCUCAAGUUCCCGAGCACAUACUACAACGAGUUGUACAACAAUUUCUCGACGCCAUUUUUCAUUAAUGCGUCUCAGGAAAUCAAUGAAACGAUGAACGACAUUUUCGGUUCGCUAAUGGUUGGGCUAGAGUAUGGGAGGUUCGAAGAGGGAUCAUUGGUGGCGAAUUUAAAUGCCUCUUUAAAAGUGCCUAAAAGUGGAUUUCCUGAAGAUAAUGUGAUCAGUUUGGAGCGCUACGUAAUAGACUGCAGAAGUCGGGAAUGGCGCGAAAAUGGCUCUCGGCUGUGUUUUGGAACUCUUGGAGAUGCGUUUAUACCGUAUAAUGGUGUUAAUUCGACUGAUCUCCGAUGUUCCGGAAUAUUCUGCCCGGCUCGAACUCGUUGUAUACCAAUGUACAACCAGUCUGAAGCCACGAUUUGUAUAUGUGAGGAUGGCUAUCGUGGGAUUAGCACUACCACCGAUCAAUAUGGAAAUGUGAUACAGAUUUGUGACGAUAUUAAUGAAUGUUUAACUGGGCAAUUCUGCGAGCCCGGUACGGUGUGUCGAAAUACGGAGGGCAGCUUUACCCUGGCCAUUGGCCGUCCUCAUCGUAGCCGCCGUACUAUUCGUAAUACUCCUCGUGAUCCUCACCCUGCUCAUCUUGGCCCGAAUCCGCAAACGAUCUGGGUUGUCGGUAUUUUCGUCGGCUUUCUGAAAUACGAAAUGGACUUCCAACCCCAGCAAUUCCAAGACCAAGACGGGUCAAACUUGUCGAUAAAUCGCAAAUAUACCUAUGAAAUG